AUGAAGCUAAUUCUAUACUUCCUUGCUGUGAUUCAUGGGUACAUUCUUCCAGAUCUUCCUAAAACUCUUCCUCCCUUGGGGUCUACAGCACGAGAAUACACCUUUAAUAUUACUCGUAGUUACGCCAACCCUGCUGGCUUUUAUAGGAGUGGUUUCUUGAUAAAUGGGCAGUCACCUGGCCCUGCAAUAGAAGGAGAUGAAGAUGAAUGGAUUACUGUUACAGUUAACAACUUUACCCCUUUUGCAUUCACAAUCCAUUUUCAUGGCAUUCUCCAAAAAGGUACUCCUUGGUUUGAUGGGGUCCCUGGGCUAUCUCAAUAUCCAAUUCUAAGUGGCGAUACUUACACCUAUCACUUCCAGUUGAAGGAGCAGUAUGGCUCAGCCUGGUACCAUUCCCACUACAGGGGCUACUCUUCCGAUGGGAUAUUGGGACCAAUAUACAUAAGGCCAAGUCAGCUCAGAGCACGUCCAUAUAAGCUGAUUUCAGAUAAUGACGAAGAUAUUCAAGAAAUAAUUAAGAUGGAGAGAACACCAACAAAUAUAAUAGUAGAUGAUUACUUCAAGAUGCCUAUGGAUGAUACGCUAUUGAAAAUGGAUCAAUACGGCAUUGAUCCUUUGUGUAUUCAGAGUAUUUUAGUGAAUGGGAAAGGAAGAGUAUAUUGUCAUAGUGAACUAGAGUUGAGGAACAGCACGGAAAAGAUUAUUGAUACAAUGGGUUGUUUUAGGGACUUGUUUUCUAAUGGCUAUGCAGACUUAAGGAAUCAUAUGGACAAUUAUGCUCUUGAGAAUCCUGGUUUCUCAUCUCACUGCAGCCCUACAUUUAGUGACAUUUUCAACUUGCAGAUAAAAGGUAAAAAAUGGCACUACAUCAACAUUAUUAAUGCCGGGGCUCAGUACACGAAAUCAUUCUCCAUUGAUGAUCAUGAAUUCCAUGUGAUUGCAAUAGACGGCGUAUUUGUGAUUCCGGAGAAAGUUCAUCAGAUCCAAAUCUCUAGUGGUUCCAGAGUAACCAUUGUGCUUGAAACGGAUAGACAAAUGCACAAUGAUACAAACCGGCCCUUUCUAAUGCGUUUUGCAGCAAUCAGAUGCCCCCAGUACAUAGAAGGAUUGGCCCUUCUUAGUUAUGGUGAAACUCAUUACACAGAUGUUUACGCACAAAAUGGAUUUCGGGUGCAAAACCUCCAGGGGGAAAUAAAUGGAGGGUUCAAAGGAAUUGACAUCCCAAGUCUUCGUCCAUUUGAAGAAAAAACUGUUAAAACUGGAAAGGCCGAUCAUACUUUUAAUCUUUUCCUUAACAGAUCUGGUGUUGUUGAGUUCACAAUGUUUAAAGAUGGGGCAAAGUUACCUGCUUCUUCUGAGUUGCUGCAACCUCUUUAUUUUCAGGAACCAGAAGUAUCAAAAUAUGUUCUAGAUUCUCACAUCAAGCAUGGUGAGGUGGUUGAUAUCAUUAUGAAUAAUUUCCGAAGAUAUAAUCAUCCUAUUCACUUACAUGGUCAUACGUUUAGAUUGAUCAGCUACAAUAACAAAAAAAGCUUCAAAUACAAUACUAUGGAGGAUGCUUUGCUCGACGGCUUUAGUAUAGACUCUAGAUCACCAUGCUUUGAUUCCAUUUUAGUUCCACCCAAUGGUCAUGCAGUAAUACGAUUUGAAGCGAACAAUCCUGGUAUUUGGCUUCUCCACUGUCACAACUUGGGACAUUUGAUUGGAGGAAUGGGUGCUGUGAUCUACGAAUCCUUGCAUGAUAUUCCAGAAAUUCCCCAAUACUUACACGAUCAAGCUCAUGUGCACAACAGUUUGAACACUUUUGUCAGUGGAAUUUUGGGAACUAAUCAUGACACUUCAUAUCUGCUUCUAAAUUAA